CAUUUUAGAAACAAAUGAAAUUUCUUUUUAUUAAUUUUUGAAAGAUAUUUUUAAAAAAGUACAUAAAAAAAUCAAAAUUAUUGUUACAAAAUUAGAAAUUAACUAAAAGGAGAAUAGGAAGAAUAACAUGUUUUAGAAAAGUAUUUUUGAUUCGUGCAUUUCAAGUGUCAAACACAUACACACGUUUACAUGUGUAUAUACACAAAGAAAAGAAUUGUGUUCACAUAUGCAAGCAAGAAUUGCAUAUAUGUGUUUCAGUUUAAUCAGUAAGCGUAUAUGAAAAGUAGUGGUGAGUUCUUGUACGUGUUUUAUUCUUAAAAUCGUCAGAAGCAGUCACAAGUCAAAAGUUGAUGGAAGUCAAGUUGACGUGAUUGUGAUCGCGUAAAUGUCAUAUCUUUUUUUUUAGUGGAUUUUUAAGAUUAUUUUCCCCUUGUGUGUAAAAGAUAAAAAAAAAAUUAUAAAAUUGUGUUUCAUUAAAAAAAAUUUGUGUUGUGUGUGUGUGACAAACCAGAAGGGAGUUCUAUAAAUAAAAGGAAACGAAAUUAUUUUUCCCCAAGAUUCAACAAGACAGCUGACGAAUGUGAACCAAAGUGGUGACUAGACUUUUAUAGUUUUCCAUCGCACUGCUGUUUGGCAGUUCAGAUUGAAGGCAGUGAAAAUGGAUCAAAUGAUUGCUUUAAGCACUCAAAAUCCAUUAUCACUGCUGAUGAAAUUUGGAAUGAUGGCGUGGAAUAAUACUUGCGGGAUAGGAAAUUGCUCCGGUCAUGGAGAAUGUCAUAAUGGCACUUGUCUCUGCGAGAUUCAAUUCGAUGGAUCAGAAUGUCAUGUUCCGAACUUCAGCUAUUAUAUUGGAUUUGCAUCAAUGUUUUUCUUACUUGCCUUUGUUUGUCUAUUACAAUUAAUAAUGUGUAUAGUUGCCGAAUGGCAGAGAAUGAAAACCCCAUCUCUUCUGCGUGCUUGUCAAGUGACAACGCAAAAAGUUUUAUAUUUUGUUGUUUUUCUCGCCUCAAUUAUUCGUGGUGCUUACUUUACAUCUCCUACUGCAUUUGAAGAAGGAUGGUCAAGAAGUCUUUUAUCAGCGUACUAUCCAUUUCUUUUAAGUGGAUCAUCGUUAAUUGUCUGUUUUUGGGCAGAAGUAUUCCACUUACGUGAUAUUCGUUACGAUAAACCACAGUUUCUUUCGAAAUCAUUUUUCGGUUUUCUUGUAUUUAAUGUCAUUACAUACUCAUUAUUGGUUGCGGAAUUUGUCAUUGUUCAAAUGAACACGGAUGUUGAUAAAAGCUUCUACACACAUGUUUUUAAUGGGUGCUAUGCUGUUCUUCUUUUUAUUGUCGUUAUAUUUUUUUUGAUUUAUGGAGUCGAAGUCUUUUUCAAGGUUCGAGGAGGCUUUUUAUUCGAGGAUCAUGUAACAUCGAUAGCGACUAAAAAUCAUAUUCCUGGAGAGACGGCAGCAACGGAGGAGGAAGUUGUGACAGCGAAAUUAUUCGAAACUACUCCAACGAAUGGAGAGACAUUAAAUUUAAAAACUCACGUCAAUACAUCUCAAUUGCAUCAAUCUAGAUUCGGAUUAGUUUUUCAAGCUUUCAUGUUGCUCAUUGUUGGAGGAUUUCUUUUUAGUGAAAUGCUCAGUGAUAUUUGGAAGACCAAAGUUCCUGUAUAUAGUAGAAAUUGGCAUGACGUUGUGUUUCGUGUAAUUGAAUUGGCAGUGGCAGUUUGGUUUCCUUGUGUUUUAUGGAAUUGCACAAGUCCCGAGAGAUUGUGGAUAUUAAAUCCAAAGCGAUUGUUAAAAAAAUUGGAUCUCGAUCAGGGAAAAGUUGCAAAUGAAUUUGAAUUAAAUGAUAAAAAUUGUUCACCCGAUUCGGAAUUAUUGAAAGACGGCGCAUGCAGCAGUGGCAGUAGCAGUAAAGAUUGUUGGAUUUGCUACGAUAGUUAUCGACAAGAUGCUGGUCCAUUGAUUCAACCUUGUCAAUGUCGAGGAGAUGUGAGUGCCGUUCAUCAUGAUUGCCUGCGUCGUUGGCUUGUUGAGAGCUCAAUGAAUUCGGAUAGUUUGAUUUGUAAAGUGUGCGGCACAAAAUAUAAUGUGGAACAUUCGAGAAGAUUAGAUUGGCAACAUAGUUUGACACCUCGACAUUGGCUUCAGACUUUUGCCAUUGUCACGACAAUGUGUGGUUCUGCUGCAGCUGCAUGGAUUCUUAUUCAACUUGUUGAAAGUCCAUUUAUAAGAAUGUUUUCAGCAGGCACUACAUUAUUAAUUAUUUAUAUUUGCAUAAGAUUUUUAAGUUUAAACACAGUUGAUGCGUAUGAACGAGCCAAAAUUUCAUCGUUAAAUAUCGUGAAUGCAGACAUUAGUUCAACAAAAUCAGAUCAAGUUUCAAUAAUUAGCAAUGUUGUCUGCGUUGAUUUGGCAAAAUCCGAUGUAGCGGCAAUUUAAUUUUUAAAUAUUCUAUAAAUUUUAGUUUCAAAUAAUGAUGAUGAUGAUGAAUCCUUUCAGGUAAGGAUUACAAAAAAGAAUGAGAGAAAAGAAAAUACUAAUAUUGAGAAUUGGUAAUAUUUUUUUGAAAUUUUGACAACAGUAUGAAAUUAAAAAAAGAAAAAGAAAAAAAAAUUACUAAUAAUUGCAAUACCGGGAGAAAAAUUGAACUUUCGACAGUUCAAUUUUGUACAAAUUGAAAGACUUUUGAUGACAAUGAAAUGAAAAAAAAAAAUUAAUAUAGCGUGAAAGAUAGUAUUCUAUACUUUCUAGGACCCCAGUAAGGAAUUUGUUCCUUAUAAAAUCAGAAUAUAGAGUGAAAAAAAAAAUUUGCCUUCUUCAUAAGGCAAUAUAUAUAUAGUAUAUAUAAAUAUAGCCUUUUAUUUUUGUACAAUUAAUUUUCAAAUCAAUAAUGUGCAAAUUGAUGAGGCAUUUCUAAAUUCAAGUCAUUUAGAAUUUAAUUUUUAUUUGUUUUUUACUUUUUCGAAGGGAGUGUAAUUUCUUCACAAAUUCUACUUUGAUUUUCAAAAUAAGAAUUAAAAAUUUUUCUUUCAAACUUUUUUAUAAAAUUAUUUUUUAAUAUAUUUUUCAAUAAAUAAGUAAAUAAAUAUUGAAAAUUACACGGUAAAUAAGUAAUUUAACAAUAUUAAAGAAAAAGUUGAUAUUUACGUUAAAUAAAUAAAAAUAAAAAUAAAAUUUGUGAUAAAAUUAAAAAUUAAUUAUAAAAAAGGGAAAAAUGAAUAUAAACAAAUUUUUUUUUUUUUUAAAAAAAAAGGUAGAAUUUGUGUUUUAAUAUCAUUCCGAAUUGUUAUAGAAAAAAAUUAUUAAAGAAAAAUAAAAAAAAUGGUUCUAGGCUUAUUUAUAGAAAUUAGAAAUUUAAUUGUAAUAAUGAUCCAGCCAAAGUAUAUAAUAUAAUUAAUAACGAAUCCUUGACUUAUAAUGCGAGAGUGAGAUCUUAAUGUUUGAAUUGAUAUUGUGCGUUCAAUUUUCAGAGUUCAUUUUUUUUUUUUUUUUUUUUUUUUUUAAACGUGACAUUUCAAUAUGCUUUUUAGGUUUUAUAUCGAAUUUUUUCAAUAAUGCUUAUCAUUGAAGAAUUUUCUUGUUCAACUGCUUUACAUAAAUCACAAUACAUUGACCCUUCAAUGUUGCAUUUCCAUAAAGCAUAGACUGAUUAGUUGAACUUGACACACCAAUUAUAAUUAUCAAAUCGAAUUUUAUCGUUUUAUCAUUUUUUUUUAUUUUAUUAUUAUUUUAUUAUUAUUAUAUUUAAUUAAUAUUAUUUUAUUUUUAUUAUUAUUAUUAUUAUUAUUAUUUAAUAAUUACAUCCUCAAGGAUAAUAAUUUUUCAAUAAUUGAAUUUCUCAAAUGAGACAUUUGAAAAAAAAAAAAUUCUCUCUUUAGAGAAUUCACAAUCACUCGACUGUUUUGCACUUGUUUUGAGAUGCAACAUUAAAGGUGAAAAUCAUUUUUCAAUUUCGUAUGUUUGAUUAUUUGCGAACAUUUUCAAAUACUCGUAUAUACAUAAAAAUAUUAAAAUAGACAACUUUGUACCGUGUAAAGAUAUUAUUAGUGAUAACUAUAUUCAAUAAGUUCUGUAUUUUUUUUUUUUACCUAAAGCUGAAAAUUAAUUGUUUUUUUAAUAUUUAGAUUUUUCUUUUGUAUAUUUAAAAAAAAACAAGUUAAAAUUCAGAAAAUGCAAAUAAUUUUGCCCUCUUCAUAUUUAAUUGAGAGAAAAAAAAAACAAUUUUUUUUCCCCUUUUACCUGCGUACAGAAAAAAAGUAAGUUACUCGAAAAAUUCUUAAAAUAUCUAUAGAUAAUAAUAAUGAAUACAAGUAUAAAAUAAUAGAAAAAAAUUGUAAGUAGCAGUUUUUAAAAACAAAAAAAAAAAAAAGUUUUAAGCCUCCCCUCCCCCAUUCUCAUCUAUAUAAUAAUACACAAUUAAAUAGUUGCUCGUAGAAUUUCAUUGUUAAGAUUUAAAAAAAAAAAAAAAAUUUCGCGAUUUUUCAUAUAAUAUGCUCGAUAUCAAUUCUCUAUUAUAGAAUUAUCUACGUAUAUAAUAAACUAAAUUUUAAUCUUAAUUCAAUUCCUUCAAGUACAAACGAGAUACGAAUUCUAACACUGAGAAUUUGAUUUCAAAACAAUGUCUGGUACUUUUACUUUUUAUUAAGUGUUAAUUAUUAAUAUUUCAUUGUAAUAUAUAUUAUAUUUAAGGCUUACGUAAGUUAUUACUUUUAAAAAGCGAAUAAAACAUAGAGAUAAGCUGUGAUAAUAUAAAAUGUACUAAAAAAAAAACUCAGUAGAAAUGUCCCUCAAUAAAUGCCAUAUAAUUAAGUGUAAA